UCCCCCCCCAAUCAUGUGAUUCAGGUGUUCCAAUCCCCUCCCAAUCAUGUGAUUCAGGUGCUCCAAUCCCCUCCAUAUCAUGUGAUUCAGAUGUUCCAAUCCCCUCCCAAGUGUGUGAUUCAGGUGCUCCAAUCCCCUCCAUAUCAUGUGAUUCAGGUGUUCCAAUCCCCUCCAUAUCAUGUGAUUCAGGUGUUCCAAUCCCCUCCAUAUCAUGUGAUUCAGGUGUCCCAAUCCCCUCCCAAUCAUGUGAUUCAGGUGUUCCAAUCCCCUCCAUAUCAUAUGAUUCAGGUGUUCCAAUCCCCUCCAUAUCAUGUGAUUCAGGUGUUCCAAUCCCCUCCCAAUCAUGUGAUUCAGGUGUCCCAAUCCCCUCCCAAUCAUGUGAUUCAGGUGCUCCAAUCCCCUCCACAUCAUGUGAUUCAGGUGUUCCAAUCCCCUCCAUAUCAUGUGAAUCAGGUGUUCCAAUCCCCUCCAUAUCAUGUGAUUCAGGUGUUCCAAUCCCCUCCCAAUCAUGUGAUUCAGGUGUUCCAAUCCCCUCCAUGGACACAGGUGUAUACAAUCACGCCCCUA